AUGGCCCCCUCCUCCGCCCCCGUCAUGGGCGGCACCGGCGUCCCCAUGGUCCCCGAUGCGUCCUCCGUCGGCACCGGAUACGCCAUGCCCACCGGCACUGCCGCCCCCACUGGCAGCAUGACCGGUCCUCCUCCCUCUGAGUUCACUGGUGCCGCUUCCGGCCUCAAGGUCGGUGGUGCGCUUGCCGGUGUCGGUGCCGUUGCUGCUUUCUUCUUGUAG